AUGAAGCAGAAAGGAUCAAUCAAGGAUAAGAUAAAUAAGAUACAAGAACGACAAAAUGAAGAUGACGAAGACAGAAACGGACGAACUGAGGAGGAGCGUCUUGAUAUUCUUCAAUUGAAAGCAAUAAUCGAAGCAAUUAGUAGAACCAGCAAUACGAAAACUAAAGAUGAAUUAAAAGAAAAGGCAGAGCAACUUACUAACAAAAUACGCCGUUUAAAAGGCUUGCCGCCGCUUGAAAAUAAGGAAGUCAUUAAAGAGGACAAACUCGAACGUUUGAUAAGAGAAUUUAAAGACUUAAAACAACAAAUUUCAAACACAAGGAAUGAACGGGAGAAGAAAUUAUUACAGGAUGAAGCAGAAAAGAUCAAGGAUAAGAUAAAUAAGAUACAAGAACGACAAAAUGAAGAUGACGAAGACAGAAACGGACGAACUGAGGAGGAGCGUCUUAGCAUUCUUCGUAGUAAACUAAAUACAAUUGAAAAGAACCUUUCUGAGACACAGAGAAAAUCAGUUGCGAAGCAAUUACAAGAGAAGAAAGAGAUCAUUAUUAAAAGAAUAAAUCGAUUAACAGGAAAUAAAGAUACAGAGAAGAAGAAGGAGAAAAGCGAAAAUGACAAGAAAGAAAAAAGUGAAGAAGAAGAAAAUAAUAAUAAAAUUAAGGUACUAAAAGCAGAAUUGAAAGCAAUACUCGAAGCAAUUAGUAGAACCAGCAAUAAGAAAACUAAAGAUGAAUUAAAAGAAAAAGCAGAUAAACUUACUAACAAAAUACGCCGUUUAAAGGGCUUACCCCCGCUUGUAGAUAAGGAAGUCAUUAAAGAGGACAAACUCGAACGAUUGAUAAGGGAAUUUAAAGACAUAAAACAACAAAUUUCAAACACAAGGAAUGAACGUGAGAAGAAAUUAUUACAGGAUGAAGCAGAAAGGAUCAAGGAUAAGAUCAAUAAAAUACAAGAACGACAAAAUGAAGAUGACGAAGACAGAAACGGACGAACUGAGGAGGAGCGUCUUGGCAUUCUUCGUAGUAAACUAAAUACAAUUGAAAAGAAACUUUCUAAUACAGAGAGUAAAUCAGUUGCAAAGCAAUUACAAGAGAAGAAAGAUAUUAUUCUGAAAAGAAUAUACCAAUUGACAGGAGAUAAAUCUAAAGAUAAAAAGAAGAAAAAUAAGGAGACAAGCAAAUCUAACAAGAAAGAAAAAAGUGAAGAAAAAGAAAAUACUGAUAAAAUUAAGGUACUAAAAGCAGAAUUGAAAGCAAUACUCGAAACAAUUAGUAGAACCAGCAAUACGAAAACUAAAGAUGAAUUAAAAGAAAAGGCAGAGCAACUUACUAACAAAAUACGCCGUUUAAAGGGCUUACCCCCGCUUGAGAAUAAGGAAGUCAUUAAAGAGGACAAACUCGAACGUUUGAUAAGGGAAUUUAAAGACUUAAAACAACAAAUUUCAAACACAAGGAAUGAACGGGAGAAGAAAUUAUUACAGGAUGAAGCAGAAAGGAUCAAGGAUAAGAUCAAUAAGAUACAAGAACGACAAAAUGAAGGUGACGAAGACAGAAACGGACGAACUGAGGAGGAGCGUCUUAGCAUUCUUCGUAGUAAACUAAAUACAAUUGAAAAGAAACUUUCUAAGACAGAGAGUAAAUCAGUUGCCAAGCAAUUACAAGAGAAGAAAGAGAUUAUUCUGAAAAGAAUAUACCGAUUGACAGGAAAUAAAUCUAAAGAUAAAAAGAAGAAAAAUAAGGAGACAAGCAAAAUUGACAAGAAAGAAAAAAAUGAAGAAAAAGAAAAUACUGAUAAAAUUAAGGUACUAAAAGCAGAAUUAAAAGCAAUACUCGAAACAAUUGGUAGAACCAGCAAUAAGAAAACUAAAGAUGAAUUAAAAGAAAAAGCAGAUAAACUUACUAACAAAAUACGCCGUUUAAAGGGCUUACCUCCGCUUGUAGAUAAGGAAGUCAUUAAAGAGGACAAACUCGAACGUUUGAUAAGGGAAUUUAAAGACUUAAAACAACAAAUUUCAAACACAAGGAAUGAACGUGAGAAGAAAUUAUUACAGGAUGAAGCAGAAAGGAUCAAGGAUAAGAUCAAUAAGAUACAAGAACGACAAAGUGAAAAUGGCGAGGUAGACAGAAACGUACAAACUGAGAACAAACGUCUUGACAUUCUUCGUAGUAAACUAAAUACAAUUAAAAAGAACUUGUCUAAGACAGAGAGUAAAUCAGUUGCCAAGCAAUUACAAGGGAAGAAAGAGGUCGUUCUGAAAAGAAUAGAUCGAUUGACAGGAAAUAAAGAUACAGAAAACAAAAAGGAGGACAACAAAAAAGAUAAGAAAGAAAAUUCUAUAAAAGACAAUAAUCAUGUCAUUGAGCUACUGAAAGCAGAAUUGAAAGCAAUACUCGAAACAAUUAGUACAACCAGCAAUAAGAAAACUAAGGAUGAAUUAAAAGAGAGGGUAGAAAAAUUAAGAAACAAAAUACGUCGUUUCAAAGGUUUACCUUUACUUAAAACUAAGAAUGCCAUUAAUGAGGAAAAACAGAAAGUAUUAAAAGCAAAAAAUGAACGAGAACAAAAAACUUUACAAGAUAAAGCAGAUAACUUCAAUGAUAAGAUUGUUAAAAUACAAGGACGACAAAAGGAAGGCGAUGAAGAUAAAAACCGAAACGGACAAUCUAAACGAAAACGCCUAGAUAUCCUUCGAAGUAAGCACGAACUUAUUAAAAAGAAGCAGUCUAAAACAAGAGAUAGAUCAAAUGAAAGAAAGCUAUUUGUGAAGAAAGAGAUCAUUCAGAGAAGAAUUAACCAAGUGAAUGGAAAUAUUCGUAAAGAUGAAAAUAGAAAUGAGGAAGGCAACAAUGAGAUGGAGAUUAAGCAACUACAACUGGGACUGAAAGAAGUACAAAACAAAAUUGUCGAGACUCAAAAUAAGAAUAAAGUGAAUGAUUUAAAGGAAAAAGCGGAAAAAAUAAAAAAUAACAUACGCCAAAUGAAAGACUUACCUACUCUUGAAGACAAGGACGACACUGAUAACGAUAAAAUUCAACGUCUGAAUAGAAGAUUAAAUGAACAAAUCUUAACAGCAAAAAGUGAGCAGGAAAGAAAGUCAUCACAAGAUGAAGCACAAGGAAUAAAAAAGAAGAUUAAUGAGAUAGAAAAACGAGAAAAAUAUGACAAAGACGAAAACACGAUAGAAAACACUGUAAAGGAACUCAGGGAACAAAAGAGGAAAGAUGGAACUGACAAAAAAGAAAAUGAAUAUCGCUUAAACAACAACUUGAAAGAAAAGUCCAAAACAAAUGGAGGCAGUUCAGGAGACUCUUCUACUUCCGCUGUGAAUGAUGACAGCAAACAAAUUGGAAAACAGGAAAAGGAGAAAUCUUCACGAAAUGUCUUAACCAAGAUAGAGAAAGCCAAAAAGAAACAUAAAAAGAUUGAUAAUAGAAUUUCAAACACAAAAGAUAAACUUGGCAUGCAAAAGAAAAAGAAAUUUAUUCUCGAAAAUAAACUUAAGACAAAGUCAAAAAGCAGAAAUUCUGGACCUGGAGAAAUGGACAUAACUACGCGUUUACAGUCCUUAAAUGAAUAUUUAGAAAAACUUGAAAUUAUGAUUUCUCAAACGACUGACAAGAAAGAAAGAAAAGAUAUGAAAGAAGAUAGGCUUCAUCUAAAUGAAAGAAUUUCUUUCUUACGUAAGGAAUUAGAUGAAUCUGAUGGGUUUUCAGACACUGAAAGUAUAAAUGAUAGGUUGACAAAAUUGAAGGCAAAACUCGAGAUUGUAAUGAAAAGACUUAAGAAAGAAGAUGAUCCGAACUCUUCAAAAACUUUGGAGAGAAAGAAGAAGGUUUUGAAGAGACGUAUAGAUGGACUUACGGAAGAACUUGGCUAUUAAACGUU